GAAAACACUGAUACACAUACACUCGCAGCAUGAACCACACAGCUGAGCUUUCUCCUCCAGAGGAAAUGGCCCCUGAGGAGUUUGAUGGUGGAACAGCAGUGGCUUGUGUGAUCCUGGGUCUGUCCUUCCUGCUUGGAGCUCCAGGGAACCUGCUGGUGAUCUGGACUAUCCUGAGACAUGUUAAGAAGCGUUCCCACACUGUGAUCCUCAUCCUGCACCUGGCUGCUGCAGACCUGCUUGUCCUCAUCACCCUGCCGCUGUGGAUCUACUCCCUCGCCCACUCCUGGGUGUUUGGAGAGGCCUCCUGUAAAGCCAUGGUGUUCAUGAUCAACGCCUGUAUGUAUAGCAGUGUUUUCCUCAUCACCCUCAUGAGUGUGGAGCGUUUCGUGGCCGUGCGCUAUCCCUUCGCCUCGGCUGACUGGAAGAGAAAACAAGCUCUGAAUAAAGUACUGCUGGCUCUGUGGAUUGCGGCUUUCUUGUUCAGCAUACCUGUCAUCCCAACUCAGGUUGUGGAGAAGGAUUCAGAUGGGGAGCACUGUCUGUAUCGUCUGUACACCUCUGUGGCCCAGGAGCUGGUGUGUGUGCUGCUAGAGACGCUGGUGGGCUAUAUAAUACCCUUCUCCAUCCUUGUGGUCUGCUAUGGCUGCCUCUGCAGCCGGAUUACUCAAAUGACCUUCAAGUCCAAACGCAAGUCCACUGUUUUGAUUUUCAGUGUAGUGAUUGCAUUUGGCAUUUGUUGGACACCUCAUCAGAUCGGAAAUAUCCUUUCACUCAUCAUCCUGGCCACUGAGGACUCCUUCAGUGAUGCAGCACAAAAUCUGGAAAGUGUCAGGAGCACCAUGGCUUUUGUCGCUGGAGCCAUGGUCUUCAUCAGCAGCACCAUUAACCCCAUUCUCUACAUGUUCGCAGCUCGCUCCUUCAGGAGCUCCCUGCGAGACACCGGCAUCCAGAAGCUCUUCCGCCACAUCUCCAGCACCUCCCCAGGUGAGGGAAAUAGAGAGGUGUCCUUUGUGUCCAAGAGACAGAGCAACCAGACCAACAGCUCACAUUGUGUGUCUGAAUCGAAAGACCAAAUGAGUGUGCUAAUAAAAAUGUGUGAAAAUAAUCCAUCCUGACACUGAAAUUGUUCGAGGUAGUGUCUGUGCUCUGUGUGUCUGUGUAGAUAUUUCAUUGUACGUAGUAUUCAUUUUCUAAAUGAAAGCAAUUUUACCUGAAAUGAAGCUAAUUUUCUAUGAAAUUACAGCAGAUGAACAAGAUAUCUGAGUUUGGCUGUUCAAUGCUUGUCCAACUUUGUGAAUUACCUAUUUUACAUGUUUUGUUUGUUGUUGUUUUUUUAAAUUGUGAACAUGUAUUUAUAAAAAUGUUAUAUAUUACA